UGUCCAGCGCAGGUCAACAUAACAAGAUCUUCCCGUUUGUGUACUGAAUGCGGUAUAUGCUGAAGGCGACGAAUUCACCGAAAAUUACCCUAAAAAUACGUUGAAUUUUGCAACUUUUCCUUGUUGUUUGGGUUCUCCAUCGCAUGAAGAUCAAAAGCCGAUCAAUGUGGAAGACUACCAUGGCAUCGAUCUCUGUCUAUGCUGUUGUUUUUGUCAUUGCUUCUACCAUUUCUCUGUCGUCGUGUGAGCAGGCAGCAGUGGGCUUCAACUUCCAAUACGUCUUUGAGAAAGAGAACUUCUUUGGACCGUUCUCAUUGGGUCCAGACCAGCCCGGCCCAGUUGUCUACAAACCCUCCCUUGUCGGUAAGCCGGGUUUACCAGAAUGGUUGAGCUACAUUCAGACAGACCCCGCCCGUCAAGCCUACGUGUAUGGCACACCUGAUGCAGACAAUAUUGGUGACAUCACUCUUGAAAUCCUAGCACUGAACACAAACACCUACCAGUCUGCUCGUGUCAAGGUGCCGAUAUCCAUAACUGACCAAUCAGAUGCCCCGAGCUACCUUGCCACGUUCUUCCUUAGCAACCACAAUGUGGGAGACAUGCUUUCCGCUGACCGGCAACAAGAGUUUCUGAAUAGGUCAGCUUUGGUCUGGUCUACACAGACUCCCUUAGUCAUCCACAGGCUGAGGCCGGCAUCAGACUCAGUGGAGGCCGGGAACUCCACACCGACAGAUCCCCAGGGAAGGGAAGGCGUCUAUGUGAGUGUAGGUUCCACGACGCCCUUCUCCACAGAAUUACUCCGAGUCCAUUCAGAGGCGUCCAGUGACUGCAUCAAUGGGGCUUACGUGCCGUUUAAACUGGCCGAUGCGUUCAAGCCAACGUUUGAGGUUGACUGGUGCCGCUUAGAACUGACCCAGACAGACCAGUCACCCGAGACAGACCCCUCCUCAGACCCCAAGCCUGUGCCCCUGGGGGGUGAAUACAUGCCCCCAGCGCUGACCACCGAGCCCCCUAAUCACCUGGUGGAGUUCUUACUUAUCGUCGUACCUCCUCUGGCCGUGGCACUCAUCUUUGUCAUUGUGCUGGGUUUCCUCAUGUGUAGCUGUAGGGGGAGCUCGAAACACAUAGCAAGAACUCCUGAAAUACAGCUGACCCAUCACCAGGGUAUUCGUCAGGCCAGUCGUCAGUUGAGGGCACUGUCAAAUCGUCGCGACGGAGGUCCUUCCUCCUCACCGACUACUCCGAUAAUCCCCCACGGCGCUAAUCCAGCUGUUAGUAGCGUCCAAUCCUCACCACGACAUCACAUACAUGAUCCUGACGCAUUGCCCAUGACAAGCACCCCACUGUUCAGUCGUACAUCUCCGCCCCCAUAUCGUGUCCCACCCCAACACCCAUCCACACCAACCACCCCAGGUCAUCAGGAGACUAGCUUCAAUGACCCAUUUGACAGCAGGAGACUGUCUGAACCAGGAAACCCUAGAGGACGUCCACUGGCCUCGCCGAUCAGAUCUCCACCCCCAUUUAUGAGUGGUUCAUCCUCCAGAGGCUACCCAGCAGGAGCAUCGGCAUCCUAGGAGAUACCAAGCGCCUGGAAACAGCGGGGGUGGCCAGGGACCACGUGUGCAUGUGCAAUAUGUUUAUGUAUUAAUCAAGUUGAUGUGAUAUUGAAUAAGUGUAUGUUUGAUGUUUAGCAUGUCAAAAUAUGAGUCGAAACAAAGAUAGUUUUGUAAGUUAUUCCUGCAUGCCUACCCUUAUGUUAGUUUUUAUAACAAGAACAAUUGUCACAAAAUUGUAAAAGAAUGGUCACAAAAUUUCAAGUGAAGGUGUUGCCAGGGUAAAGAUUACGAACACCAACUUCACCCCGUACUUAUAUGUCGUGAGCAACUGAAAUUGCAAAGAACUGUUUUUAGAGGUUGCAUGAAAAUGUGGCCACUAUAUUGUUUUCAAAACUUUAUUGCGUUUUCAGAAAUACUUGCAUGCCAGUGUUUCAUAUUUUGGGGCUACUUCCUGCAGUAAUGUAAUGCAACACAUGAAGUCUCAAUCAGAAUUCUAAGAUGAAUACUUCGGCAGUUCAAAGCAAAACACCUAGGUGCCUAGCAUGUUGUAGCUGCAAAUUAUUCUUUUUUUAAUUUAAAGGGAAGAUACAACAUUUGCAAACAUCAAACAACGAAAUGCUCAAGUUAUCACGAAAUACCUUACUGGAUUGUUAGGGUAAAAAUUAC